CCUUAACAAUCUUGGACCUAACCAACCUAUGUAUUUAACCAACCCAACCAACGAAGGUAACGAGUACUCGCCAAUCAGGGACAGAGUAGGUCGGGCCAAGCCUUCGCCAUCCUAGGAAAACCAUAAGAAAACUAGUUUGCGACCACGUCGACGCUACAUCCGGUUUGUGAGGUCAGUCCCUGUUUUGCCGCCAUAUUGCAGCGAGGACAGUUCAAAUAAAAGAGUAGUAGAAAAUGCCAGACUUUUGUGCUGUGGUUGGAUGUUCUAAUGGAAGAAAUGCCAAAACCAAGCAGCAGGGAAUAACAUUUCACAGGUUCCCAAAAGAUAAGGUUAAAAGACAUGCAUGGACAGUAGCACUGAGGAGAAGGGACUUUGAGCCACAUUACCGCUCAGUUGUCUGUAGCUGUCACUUCAAGCCUGAAGACUUAGACAUGACUGGACAGACAACUCGUUUAAGGGAAGGAGCAAUCCCGUCAUUUCCUGGCCAUCUUAGCAAAGUGCCCAGUAGGUCUAUACCCAGGUUAAGCAGGACCUCGCAAAAAGCUGCCGCAGAAUGUCUUGAUGUUCCCAUUCAGCUGUCAGAGGACCUUCAGAAGUCAAACUCUGAUCAUCAGUAUGCCCUUGACCCGGUUAAAGUAAAAAAAAAGUUAACUGCGGCUCAGGAGAAAGUGGAGGAAUUGCAACGGGACUUAAGAAAUGCCAAGGAUCGGGAAAGAAGGAAUAAGAAGACAGUGAAAUCACUGCAAGAGGAUUUAAAACACAAAAAUAUACUUACCAAGGAACUGCAGCAGAAACUUGACUUCCAUUCUGGUAUCUGUCUGUGACUGGUUUAUUAUCAACAUUGACACAUAACCCUGAUGAUAGCAGAGCUGCUGUGUGCACAGUCUGCUUCAGCCAGGACCACUUGGAGUUCUAAUUUCACUUCAUCAGGGCCUCAGGUGGAUGGAACAACAACCUGAGUGUGGUUCACUACCAGAGUGCAUUCCAUCAUCUCAUGAUCUGAUGCAGCAUUUCUCAAAGAAACACAGGAUGGCAAAGUUGGUACGUCCCUGGUCCUUAAAUUGCAUCCACAUUUCUUUCACUUGCUUCCCUUCCUUGCGUCUUAGUCCACCCCUCCACCAAGGAAGCAGGAGAGACACGAGGAAAUCAUGCGAGGAGAGAGGAAACUAGGAAAUGUGUUUUUAGAGAAAUUAAACAUUCUUUCCUCUGAUGCCUAACUUCGUCAGCUGUAUGGGUGUAGUAAGCUGCACGGCUUCCGGGAAGGCUAUUCUUGUGUAGAAUUAGGGUUCAUAGCUCCUCCUCGGUCCUCUGUCCUCGCUUCUCGGGGCAGGAGUAAGAGCUUUGAGAUGGCCUUCAAGAACGUGGACCAGAAAGACUUCCGGUUUAAGCUAGGAGCGAGGAAUUAUCAAAUAAGAGAUUUGGGAUCCACCCAGUGUCUGUCAACUGUGGCCAUGUCAUCUGUAGUAGUGCCAUCUGAGGACUCUGACACUGCAUUGAUCCUCUUCAUUUGAGAAUGUCACUAGUGUGUGUUGGACCACAGCUACCUGCCCACUAGCUUUGGGUGCCUAACCAAGAAUGCUCUGGUUGAUAUUGCAAGUUAUGAAGCAGUUUUCAUGUGUUGUAUGCUGUAACAGUUUCAUUAACACAUCUGUUACAGUAACAGCAGCUGUUUGUGAUAGCUACCACCUGCUAACCUUGGAAAACAAUAAAGGACCAACGAUUCCA